AUGGGACAAAAGCAUUUUGCUGUGGUGUUCUGUUUGUGGGCUUUAACAUGUUCCCUGCUUGCUUCUUUCUCCGUCGGAAUGAUGAGAGUUGGUUUGCAGAAGAGACCUCUCGAUCUUCAUAGUAUUAAUGCUUUUAGAAGAGAACAACAACUUAGAUCAGGAAGACCAAUGAUGAGUGCACAUGAUCGGUACAUUGGUAAGUCAAACGAUGAAGCUGAAAUACCUUUGAAAGAUUAUAUGAACGCUCAAUAUUUCGGUGAGAUUGGAAUUGGCACGCCGCCACAAACCUUUACCGUCAUAUUUGAUACCGGUAGUUCCAACCUUUGGGUUCCAUCAUCCAAAUGUUACUUUUCCCUUGCCUGCUAUACCCAUAAUUGGUACAAGGCAAAGAAAUCCAAGACAUAUAACCAAAACGGAACAUCGUGUAAAAUAAGCUAUGGAACUGGAUCAAUAUCUGGUUACUUCAGUCAAGAUCAUGUUAAAGUUGGCAGUUCUAUUGUCAAGAAUCAGGACUUUAUUGAGGCUACCCGAGAAGGAAGUCUUACUUUUCUGGCAGGAAAGUUUGAUGGAAUAUUUGGACUCGGCUUUCAGGAGAUCUCGGUUGCAAGUGCUUUGCCAGUAUGGUACAAUAUGGUGGAACAAAAUCUUAUCAGCGAGAAGGUGUUCUCUUUCUGGCUCAACGGGAAUCCUAAUGCUAAAAAGGGCGGUGAGUUAAUUUUUGGUGGUGUUGACCCUAAGCAUUUCAAAGGAAAACACACUUAUGUUCCGGUUACUGAAAAAGGUUACUGGCAGAUUGAAAUAGGAGACUUUUUCAUUGGAGGCUCGUCAACAGGUGUUUGUGAAGGUGGCUGUGCUGCUAUUGUGGACUCAGGAACAUCUUUGCUUGCUGGUCCAACUCCUGUUGUGGCUGAAAUCAACCACGCUAUUGGAGCUGAAGGUGUUCUGAGUGUAGAAUGUAAGACAGUUGUUUCUCAAUAUGGAGAGUUGAUAUGGGAUCUCCUAGUAUCAGGGGUAAAACCUAGUGACAUAUGUUCACAAGUUGGUUUAUGUACUAUUCGCCGGGAUCAAUCUAUGAGUGCUGGAAUUGAGAUGGUGACUGAAAAGGAACAUAGCGAGUUGUCGGUAAAAGAUACUCCUCUAUGUUCUUCUUGUCAGAUGCUUGUUCUCUGGAUUCAGAAUCAACUUAAACAAAAGGCGAACAAGGAGAGAGUCUUCAACUAUGUGAAUCAACUGUGUGAGAGUCUUCCAAGUCCAUCCGGAGAAUCGGUGAUAAGCUGUAACGAUAUCUCUAAGAUGCCAAACAUUUCAUUCACUAUCGGAGACAAACCCUUCGUCCUCACACCAGAACAGUAUAUUCUAAGAACCGGAGAAGGCAUUACCGAGGUCUGUCUUAGCGGGUUUAUUGCGUUCGAUAUUCCUCCUCCAAAGGGUCCACUCUGGAUUCUUGGUGAUGUUUUCAUGAGGGCAUAUCACACUGUUUUCGACUACGGAAAUCUCCAAGUUGGUUUUGCUGAAGCUGCCUAG